UGUUGCCAACAAUCCCCACCUGUGAAAAAAUCUCUCAAACUCUCUACACUUUUCCUCAUAGUCAUACAAUCUCUUCUAAGAGCAGAAAAAUGGCAGACGAUUUCGACAUGGAGAUUCCGGCAGAGGAGAUGGAUUUGGAUCUCGAGGACGAUGCUGAGUCUGAUCCUUCCCUGAAAGUGGGCGAGGAGAAGGAGAUUGGGAAGUCAGGAUUGAAGAAGAAGCUCGUCAAGGAAGGUGAAAAGUGGGACACUCCUGAGAGCGGAGACGAAGUUGAAGUGCACUAUACGGGAACUUUGCUGGACGGGACCAAGUUUGAUUCGAGCCGUGACAGAGGAACUCCUUUCAAAUUCACGCUUGGCCAAGGGCAAGUGAUCAAAGGAUGGGACAUGGGGAUCAAGACGAUGAAGAAAGGCGAGAAUGCCGUUUUCACCAUUCCUCCCGAGCUGGCAUACGGUGAAACCGGUUCGCCGCCAACCAUUCCUGCGAAUGCUACUCUUCAGUUUGAUGUGGAGCUGUUAUCGUGGAGGAGUGUUAAGGAUAUUUGUGGUGAUGGUGGUUUGUUCAAGAAGAUUAUUGCGGAAGGAGAGAAGUGGGAGAAGCCGAAGGACCUUGAUGAAGUGUACGUCAGGUAUGAAGCUAGGCUCGAGGAUGGAACUGUUGUGGGAAGAUCUGAAGGUGCAGAGUUCACUGUCAAGGAUGGCCAUUUCUGUCCUGCGAUUGCUAAGGCUGUCAAGACCAUGAAAAGAGGGGAGAAGGUGCUCCUAACUGUUAAGCCACAAUAUGGCUUUGGGGAAACUGGAAGACCGGUGUCUGAUGGUGUUCAAGCUGCAAUCCCACCAAACGUGACUCUUCAGAUAGACCUUGAGUUGGUUUCUUGGAAGACGAUGGUGGAAGUAACCGAUGACAAGAAGGUCAUUAAGAAAAUUUUGAAGGAAGGAGAGGGUUAUGAGCGUCCGAAUGAAGGAGCAGUUGUCAAAUUGAAGUUGAUUGGUAAGCUUCAAGAUGGAACUGCGUUCUUGAAGAAAGGUCACGGAGAAGACGAGGAGCCGUUCGAGUUCAAAACCGAUGAAGAACAAGUUAUUGAAGGGCUGGAGAAAGCUGUGAUGGGCAUGAAGAAGGGUGAGGUGGCUCUCAUCACCAUCUCUCCUGAAUAUGCCUUUGGUUCCUCUGAAUCAAAACAGGAGCUAGCUGUAAUACCGCCAGGCUCGACAGUGUGCUACGAGGCCGAGCUGGUAUCCUUCAUUAAGGAGAAAGAGUCCUGGGACAUGAUCACACAGGAGAAAAUAGAAGCUGCCGGCAAGAAGAAGGAAGAAGGGAAUACUCUAUUCAAGGCUGGAAAAUACGCAAGAGCUUCAAAAAGAUACGAGAGGGGUGUCAAGUACAUAGAGUACGACUCCUCUUUCGAUGAAGAGGACAAAAAGAAGGCUAAAGCUCUGAAGAUUGCUUGUUACCUGAACAAUGCAGCUUGCAAGCUGAAACUGAAAGAUUACAAAGAGGCAGCAAAAUUGUCCACGAAGGUAUUGGAGAUGGAUGGAAGCAACGUGAAGGCAAUGUACAGGAGAGCAGAGGCGUAUAUGGAGACGGCUUAUCUUGAUCUAGCUGAGCUCGAUAUCAAGAAAGCCCUUGAAAUCGAUCCGGACAACAAGGAGCUGAAGAUGGAGUACAAGAAGCUCAAGGAGAAGGUGAAGGAGUACAACAAGAAAGACGCUAAGUUCUACAGCAACAUGCUGGCGAAAAUGCUCGAGCCACAUAAAGAAGCACGGAAGGAUGCACAAGCGAUGAGUAUUGACGCCAAGGCAUGAGUCGAAACAUAAAAUGUAUUACAAAUUUCUGUUUAUCCCAUUUUGUAAAAGAUCUUGGUGUGUGGUACUGUUGUGGAUGAUUUUGCUAAUAAUAAAAGCAAACUUUGUAAUAAA